AUGGGUUCUUGUUAAGGGACGACUUAAGAUAUCUAGCAAGAUUUACGAAUGAGAGAGAUAAUGUCACAAUUUCAGGUUCCAAUGCCUUAUACAGAUGAGUAUUAAAUAUUUUAAACCUUGAAAUGGUUGGAAAUGUAACAAAGAUUUAAUCAUAGAAUACAACAUAAUAGUAUACCAAAUUUUGGGUUGAUCUAUUCAAAAGCAGCAGACUCUUAGAAUAAAUUGAAAGAAUUUGUUAAGAAAUGGAGAACAAAGUAUGAAUAGCAUAACCAUCCUAAUUUACUAUCGAUUCAUAACAUUUCCAUCAUCGAAUCAAUGAAGGUCUUUAUCCCAUACACUGAAAUCAUACUUCUCAUGGAUAAGCCAGUGGAGCCUCUAUCUCGACAUAAGAAAGUCAUUAUGAAAUAGCAAUUCACUCAAGAUGAAAUCCUAUUCCUUAUGGAUUGUGUAGUUUCAGGAUUUGCAUUUUAAUAAGCUAAUAAAAUAUAUCCGUCUGGUUUUGACAUAGAUGAUAUCAUAACUGUUAAAACUCCUUUUAAUAUUGAUGUUUUCAAAUUGGUUGAUAGAUAUUAAAAACCGAUUAGAUAAAACUUGUUUCAAGAAUUUAUAUCACUCUAUGAUGAUAAGCAAACGUUGAAUGAAAUGAAAAAGACAGCCUUUCUAUCUCCAGCAUAAAUCUCAGCUAUUCCAAGAAAGGACAAAUAUCUUAAACAUAAUAGAUAUAAAUCAGACGUAUUCAAUUUUGGAUUGAUGCUUAUAUAUUUAAUUGAAGCAAAGAAACCAGAAGUGUAUGAUUGGAAGAGGUGGGCUAUAGAUGAUUUCGCGUUGAAAAAGGUUCAAGAGGAUUUGAUAACAACCAAUUUUAAUGAGCAAAUAUUACACUUGAUUGAAAUAAUGUUAAAUGUAGAUGAACACGAACGACCUGAUUUUAUACAAUUAGAUGAAAUGGUCAAUAAGUUGUUUCAGGGCAUCAAAAGACAUCGUUUAUUAGAAUAAUAUUAACCAUAAGAAUUCUUUGUUGCUGGGUAUAACAAGCCUUCUUCGUACGAUAAUCUACUCGGUUAAAAUAUCUUUUAAUCUAAAUAUCCUUAAUCUCCAACUAUGAUCAAAUCUAAUUAAAAUUUAUUGAAAAACUAAUAAAUAGAGUAACAAAGAUACAGACAACAAGAUACUAGCCAGGCUUCAAUCAAAGAUUAGAGAUGGUAAGAAGGUAAAACCUAAGAAUCUAAACCAGGUUUCGAAAAUAGUGUCACUCAAGGGAAGUUGCAUUAUCCAAAUGGUUUUUAUUAUAUUGGGUAAAUAUGCAAUCGAAAAAGGCACGGAUAAGGAACAUACUAUGAUUCUGAUAAUCAUAAGGUAACUGAAGGAAUGUGGGUUUUUGAUGUUCCUGAUGGCGAAGUAAUCUUUUAUAAUAGCCCAAAAUAAGAAUUAGAUAAAUCACAUAAGAAUUUAUCAAGGAAAGAUUGGAUUUAAUAUAAGGGGUAAGUCAAACACGGAUAGAAGCAUGGCAUUGGAGUUCUCUAUUUUGCUGAUGGUUCAAAGUUUAUGGGACUUUUUUCAUGUGAUUAGGCACAUGGAAAAGGUCAAUUUGAAUACUAAAGUAAAGAAUGCUAUAUAGGAACUUGGUAGCAUGAUUUAUAUGUUAGUUGA